AUUUCACAAAAUUUACAAGACGUAGAAGCGAAAUCAAAACAAUGUCGCUAUCGGAGCUGUCAGUUCUGUCUGCUGAAACUGCAAUCAGUUUUCACGAAAUGGAUUUGGAAAUUUUGAAGGAGAGUCAGAAGGCGUUGAGGGAAGAAGCUGGAGGAAAAGAAGAGGUGGAGGAAACAGUGGAGAAUCCGAAUCCAAUUGUGUUCAUUGCCGUUGAUGAUCAGAAUCUACCAAAUGGAGAGGAAGAGGACUCAUUCAUCUUCGAAAAACUUCAGUUUCGAGUCAAGCAAGUUAUGGAAAACGGUACUCGUCGUGUAUAUCUUUCUGUGCAAGCAACAACUCCUGCUGAAUGGCAACUUCUUGUUCAACUCAGAAUCAAAACUGGAUGUCAGUCGAAUAUUUUGAAUGUUGUUGAUAAGGAUGUUUAUAAAUUUGAUUCAUUUUCAUAUCCUCUGAACGUGGAAAUUCAGAAUAGUGACGUCAAAUUUUUGAAAUUUGAAAUGAGAGUGUUGAAUUUGAUGUACCUGGAUCUCCCAACUUUUGAGGAAGGUGAUGAAGUGAUUGAAUUCGACGAUGGAUCUCGUAUUCGUGUUCAUUCAAACAUCCUCUCCCUAUUGUCGGAUUAUUUGGGAAAAUCGGAAAAAGAGUACGCAUCUCGUACGGAUUGCCCAGCUAUCAAAGCAACUUGCUCUGAAAAGGAAGCAUUCCUCGAACUUCUUUACCAAGCAUAUCCUACUCGCCGUCCAAUUUUCGCAUCAUUCCGUCGUUUGACAGCUGGAGCCGUUGGUUACAAGUGUGACAAUUUGAUUUAUCAGUUGUCGAAACAUCUCAUUGACUACAAUUACAGACCGAUGACAUUCUUGCAACGCUUUCAAGCAGCGAUUGAGAAUAGAUUGGAGCCUGCUAUCAGUGAACUUGCAUUCCGUGCAGCUUUGGACGGAACAUGGAACCAGAUGAUUCAAUCAGGAUUUGAACCUGAGAACUUCUGUGGUCGUCAAGUUUACACGAAAAUUGUGUGCCCCGCUAUCUUGCUGGCAAGAAAUGCAAAGCCCGAUGCGACAACUUUGAAGAAGCCCGAGAACAAUUUGAAAUUUAUUGAAUUGGAGGAGGGUGACACUACCAAGUCUGCAAUUCUAUUCCGUGGAACCAUCUUCUACAUCAACAGUGGGAUACUUGCCGCUCAUGGAAAGGAAAUGCUUUGUAUUGGUCAAAAUGGAGAAUACAUUGCUCGUUACACUGCAGAAUUUCAUCGCGAAUGUGCUCGUGGAGACUUGAUCCCUGGCGAAGUUCUUGUUCAACUUCUCACCUACAUGCAUCCAAUGGGAGAAGUUCCUCAUCCGGAUAUGAUUCGUGCUUGCAUUGUUUUUGCUUUCGAUCAUGGAUGGAAUAUUGUCAAGGAAAACUUGGAAAAUGAAUUUGAGCCACCAAUUACACCAGAUGAGUACAUGUCGCAAUUGAUGUUUGGAGACAAGUUUGAUCUCAAAAACUUGCUCCGUGUCAAUAUUCAAAGAGCCGAGUCAAGUUGUCGUGAACUUGCCGAGGUUUUGGAGAGACAUGGAAAACUGAAAAUCUUGAAGGAUCGUACUCAUGAAGGAAUCAUGGACAGAAUGUGCAGUGGAUGGGGACUGAAUCCAAUGGUCAAUCGGCUUUCUACUAGAUUUCCUACAACUUUCCACCACCGUACUGUCAAUUUGCAACGUGGUAAAGCAGUGGUUGUUGGAGAAGGUCGAGCUGUUGACACGUUGAACUCUCUGGCAUCGGAUCACGCAUUUGGAGAACCAACGGAGCUUAUUGUCGUCGACUAGUAUUUUUCGUAACUUCCUGUAUGAUUUUUAAUGUUUUUUAUUUUCUCUAUUUGCUCCGGACUUGUGAUUUGUAAUGCUAUGCUUCUCCAACCAUUCUCUAUAAAGCAUUUCUUCGAUCAU